CUGGACUCUGUGAAGAGAACGAUGGCAGAGCUGGGUGAAGCAGAUGAAGUGGAGUUGCAGCGCUUUGUGGUGGCCGAACAGCAGAAGGCACAGUUCAUAGUACCGGUGCAUCGUUUCAUGGAACUAUGUCGGGAUAAGUGUGUGGAAAAGCUGGGGAAUUGCCUAGACUCUCGCACUGAAAACUGUCUCUCUAGCUGUGUGGACCACUUCAUUGAUACCACACCCCCCCCUCCCCCCGUCAUCACCAGUCGAUUUGCCCAGCUUGUACAGAAAGGAGGGCAAUAG